AUGAGACUGAACAAACUUCAGGAGGGAACUCUGCAGCUUCUGACCACGUCCUUUCACCACAGGGAAGUUUGCAGCUCUUUCUUCAGCAUCGACCGGAGCUUAAUCCCGUUGGGUCCAGUUUUGCUGGAGAUUAUGGAUACGUAUUUGGCCAAGAUGGCGGCGCCGUCUCAAGAGGAGCCUCAGUGUUUGCAGUCUCGCAUCAACACUGCUACCUGCCCUCAGAAUAAAGAGACAGACUGGGAGUGUAUCAAAGCGUUUUGUGAGCAGCUCAACAAUGAACCUGAAGGCCCCCAGCUCGCAACAAGACUCCUUGCCCACAAAAUCCAAUCUCCCCAGGAAUGGGAGGCUCUGCAAGCACUUACAGUUCUUGAGACUUGCAUGAAGAACUGUGGAAAGAAUUUUCAUACUGAAGUUGGCAAGUUCAGAUUCCUCAAUGAACUCAUCAAAGUUGUAUCACCCAAGUAUUUGGGUUCCAGAGCACCUGAACCAGUCAAGAAGAAAGUCAUAGAAAUCAUGUACUGCUGGACAAUAACACUUCCACAUGAGGCUAAAGUGUCGGAAGCCUAUCACAUGCUGAAAAAGCAGGGUAUUGUCAAGCAGGAUCCUGUACUCCCAGAUGACAAGCCCCUCCCUCCUCCACCACCUCGAGCCAAAAGUGCCAUAUUUGACGAUGAAGAAAAGUCUAAGGAACUUUCUCGUUUAUUGAAGAGUACACACCCUGAUGAUCUGAGAGCAGCAAACAAGCUCAUUAAGGAAAUGGUCCAAGAGGACCAGAAGCGAGUGGAAAAGGUAUCAAAGCGAGUGAAUGCGAUCCAGGAGGUGAAUGAGAGUGUGAGCCUGCUGAGCCAGCUGCUGGAGGGCUACAGCAGAGAGAGCACUUCUCACAGCAACCAGGAACUCAUUAAGGAUCUUUACCAGCGCUGUGAGAAAAUGAGGCCAACACUUUUCCGGUUAGCAAGUGACACUGAAGAUAAUGACGAUGCUUUAGGCAACAUCUUGGAGGCCAAUGAACGGUUGACCCAAGCUAUAAACAAGUACAGGCAGCUGGUAAAAGGUGAAGUGAUCAACAAAGAUGACAUAAAACAAUCGCCAGAAGUUUCAGGCAAUGGUAUCUCAGCCCUUUUAGACUUGGCAGGAAUAAAUCCUGUGACAGACUCCUCACCGUCCAGCACAGAGCCCUCCAGCCUCGAGACCCAGAAUAUGGGCAUCAGCCUUUUGGACGAUGAACUCAUGUCACUGGGACUGAAUGUGACAAACUCCUCCCACACUAUUCAGAUUCUCAAUAGUGCAGACAACUCCAGUCCUAUCCCAGCUGCAGUGCUGCUCCCAUGUGCUGUCCAGAAAGUACAAUCCUCACCCAUAGAGGGCGAUAAUGCACCCAUCAAAGCUCUGGAUGACUUGGACAUUCUGGGGAAGACUCUGUUGCAGCAGUCCUUACCACCGGAAAGUCAGCAGGUUAAAUGGGACAAACUUGAAGCCCCCAGUAAGGUUUCAUUAAGAGACUUGCAGAGUAAGGCCAACUCCACAACUGGUCCUACUUCAUCUACACCUGCACUUUCAGACCAGCCCAACACAACUGUAGCACCUGUGUUCAAGCCAGCUAUCGAUCUGCAUCAAAGCACUUCCCUGUCGGAGGUCACAGUCCCUCUGGAAACAAUCAGGCCAAGUCCCUUAUUACCAGUGACUGUGAUUGAUAAGCACAGUCUUCGAGUUUUAUUUACGUUUGCCCGCGACUGCCCGCCCUCUCGGUCAGAUGUGCUGGUUGUAAUCAUCUCCAUGCUGUCGUCAGCCCCUGUUCCCAUCACAAACAUACGCUUCCAGGCAGCUGUACCCAAGAUCAUGAAGGUCAAGCUGCAGCCGCCCACUGCAACUGAACUUCCAGCUUUCAACCCCGUUCUGUCUCCAGCGGCCAUUACACAGAUUCUGCUGUUGUCAAAUCCUCAGAAGGAGAAGGUACGACUACGAUACAAACUCACUUUUAACUUGAGUGACAACUUUUAUGAUGUAUCCGGAGACGUGGACCAGUUUCCUCCUCCAAACACCUGGGGCAACCUCUGA